UGUUUUGAUGUGAUUGUGUGUGUGUUGAAAUGAGUUCCACCGCACUAUCUUAAAUGGAUGGAGUCUUCCUUCCCCACUGGUCUCUCAAAGAGGAGCUUAAAGAAAAAGUGGUAUUUCCAAUGCAAUGUGCAGACGCGGAAAAGACUGCAGUGUCCCAAGGGUUCUCCACUGGGUCAUUAGCAAACUUUGCAGGUUUCAUGUCAGAACAUAGUUUCUCUUUUUUUUUUUCCCUAUUCUAUAUCACUCUCUUUCCUAAGGAUCUAUGCUAUCUGCCAAAGUUUUAUAUAUAAAAGAAGGAACCUACACUGCCUGCAAAAGCUUAACCCAAACUUUCUCUUCACAGAUACCCCAACACCAGAUAAACAAAGUUGUCUAUUAAGAACCCUAAACCCAAACCCAAACCAAAAAAGCAACUAAACUGCAACUCUUUUAUCUUUAUCUCUCAGUCACUCUCUCUCCAUGGACUUGCAUCUGAAGCAAUGGAGAAACCAGCAUGAGUCAGAGCAACAACCUUCUGCAAAGAUACCAAAACUUCUACUUGACCUUGACGCCCAUCACCACCACCACCACCACCCACAACAGCAACAGCAACACGCAUCCUCUGAACCAUCUGCUCUCCCCUUGUUUGUAUCUGAAUCCAACAGCAAAAUCAGCGGCAGCCUGUCAGCACCACUUCCUGAUUCCAACAGCAUAGGAAUGGGAAGCUAUUUCAGCUUGGCUCAGUGGCAAGAACUGGAGUUACAAGCAUUGAUCUACAGAUACAUGUUGGCAGGCGCUGCUGUUCCUCCCGAACUCCUCCACCCAAUCAAGAAAAGCCUUCUUUACUCUUCCUCCUAUUUCCUCCACCAUUACCAGCCAGCUUUGUUGCAAUCAGGGUACUGGGGAAGAGCAGCAAUGGAUCCGGAGCCUGGCCGUUGCCGGAGAACUGACGGCAAGAAGUGGAGGUGCUCCAGGGACGUGGUGCCCGGACAGAAGUAUUGCGAGCGGCACGUGCACCGUGGCCGCAACCGUUCAAGAAAGCCUGUGGAAAUGCCCACAUCUAGCAGCACCGCCGCUGAAGCUAAUAAUAGCCAUGUCAGUGUAACUGCUCGUUUCGGCGGUGGUGGUAGUGGAUGUGGCGCCGUAAAAGCCAGUUCCCCAAUGACCGCUUCAACCUUGGCAGCGGUGGCUAACGGUCCCAACAAUUUUGGCCUUUCUAGGCCUUCCCCUCCCGUUGAUCUUCUUCAGCUUAAUCAUGGUUCCUCAGAGUCCAAAACUGAACCUAAGGGUCUUUUUGAAGCCCAAAAUGAGGUCGAUGACAGAUCUGAUGGUCACAUUUUGAGACAUUUUUUUGAUGAUUGGCCCAGAACACUACAAGACCCUGACAAUAAUGGAACUAAUGCAAGCCCCAUGAAUUCUGCCCCAUGCCUCACGAUUUCUAUGCCUGGGAAUUCAUCCUCGGAUGUGUCGUUGAAGCUGUCUACUGGCAAUGGCGACAGCAGAAGGGAGCAUCAUCAGCAGCCACCGUUGAACUGGGCCAUGGGAGGAUGGGCAGCAUCGAACCAGGUGGCUUCCAUGGGAGGACCUCUUGCCGAGGCUUUACGAUCAUCAUCCACAUCUAAUUCAUCACCCACUAGUGUUCUGCAUCAGUUGCCCAAGGGUUCUACUUCUGAAAUUAGCUAUAUUAGCACUUGAAUUUAGUCACUGUUAAUGUUAUUUUUUUCUCUUCCCCUUUCAACUCUUUUAACUAAUUUAGACACUGAAAACACGUUCCUAUUUAA